UUUCCACUUCAGAUUCUAGGCUCUAGUCCCUAUCUGAACAGUCAGGUGUCUUGGCACAUGCCUCCAGGGCUCAGUAGCCUUCAGCCUGGCCACUCCCUAACCCCUGAGGCCCUUAACUAGAGCACAGCCACGCUCCAGCUUGCUUCUCCCUAGCCGGCUUUUCCGGUUAGAGAAUGGAGGUGGUGCCCAGAGCACCCCUGUAGGGGGGCACACCCCGGAAGUCUUGAGCCUGGGGAUACCCUGGUGGCAAGGUGGAGGUGAGAACCCAGCUAGAAUAAAGGAGUACCAGAACGAAUGUCACAGGCUUCCUCCUUCAGAGGUGGGCAGCCAAAGGAGGAGACUGGAGGACAGCUGCCCUGUAGUUUUUUUACUCUCACAGAGUUCUGAAGAGGGCAGGCAGUGAAAGAUAAACCUGUGCUUUGGAGGAGGGGAAACGCUGUGAGACUGGGAAAGAGGCAGGAUGAUCCCAGUGGCGGAGUUCAAGCAGUUCACAGAGCAGCAGCCUGCAUUCAAGGUGCUCAAACCCUGGUGGGAUGUUCUGGCUGAGUACCUCACCGUGGCUAUGCUCAUGAUCGGGGUAUUCGGGUGCACCCUCCAGGUGACACAGGACAAGAUCAUCUGCUUGCCUAGCCACGAAUCUCGUGAGAACAUAUCGGGGGCUCCAUGCCAGCAGCUUUUGCCUCAAGGAAUCUCUGAGCAGAUGGGGGGUCUCCGAGAGCUCAGUGGCCUCAAAAACAACCUAGACCUCCAGCAGUAUAGCUUUAUCAACCAGCUCUGCUAUGAGACUGCCCUCCACUGGUAUGCCAAAUACUUCCCCUACUUGGUGGUUAUCCAUACUCUCAUCUUUAUGGUCUGUACCAGCUUUUGGUUCAAAUUCCCUGGUACCAGCUCCAAAAUAGAACACUUCAUCUCCAUCCUGGGCAAGUGCUUUGAUUCUCCAUGGACCACUCGGGCCUUGUCCGAGGUGUCUGGAGAAAAUCACAAGGGCCCAGCUUCUGGACGGGCCAUGGUGACCACGGUAACCACCACAGGGGCAGGGUCGGGGAAGGUGGGUGAAGGUGAGAAGGAGAAAGUGCUCAUUGAGCCCGAAAAGGUGGUGUCUGAGCCUCCAGUUGUUACUCUGCUGGAUAAGAAGGAGGGCGAGCAAGCGAAGGCCCUAUUCGAGAAGGUCAAAAAGUUCCGAGUGCACGUGGAAGAGGGUGACAUCCUCUAUUCCAUGUACAUCCGGCAGACAGUGCUCAAAGUGUGUAAGUUUUUUGCCAUCCUGGUUUACAACCUGAUCUAUGUGGAGAAGAUCAGCUUUCUGGUGGCCUGUAGGGUGGAGACAUCAGAGAUCACGGGGUAUGCCAGUUUCUGCUGCAACCACACCAAGGCCCACCUCUUUUCUAAGCUGGCCUUCUGCUAUAUUUCCUUUGUGUGUGUCUAUGGCAUCACCUGCCUGUAUACACUCUACUGGCUCUUCCAUAGGCCCCUAAAAGAGUACUCCUUCCGUUCUGUGCGUGAGGAGACAGGGAUGAACGAUAUCCCGGAUGUUAAGAAUGACUUUGCCUUCAUGCUCCACCUCAUUGACCAGUACGACUCCCUCUAUUCCAAACGCUUUGCAGUCUUCCUCUCUGAAGUCAGUGAGAGCCGCCUUAAGCAACUCAACCUCAACCAUGAGUGGACACCUGAGAAGCUGAGGCAGAAGCUGCAGCGUAACAUGCGUGGCCGGCUGGAGCUGAGCCUCUGCAUGCUCCCUGGACUACCUGACACCGUCUUUGAGCUCAGCGAGGUGGAGGCACUCAGGCUGGAGGCCAUCUGUGACAUCUCCUUUCCCCCUGGGCUCUCCCAGCUUGUGAACCUUCAGGAGCUCAGCUUGCUUCACUCACCAGCCAGGCUGCCCUUUUCAUCACAGAUCUUCCUGCGAGAUCGCCUGAAGGUGAUCUGUGUUAAAUUCGAGGAGCUCCGAGAGGUACCCCUCUGGGUGUUUGGGCUUCGAGGCUUAGAAGAACUGCACCUGGAAGGACUCUUUCCCCCAGAAAUGGCUCGGGGUGCCACCCUGGAGAGCCUCCGGGAGCUUAAACAGCUCAAGGUACUGUCUCUACGUAGCAAUGCAGGGAAGGUGCCAGCCAGUGUGACUGAUGUGGCCGGGCACCUUCAGCGACUCAGCCUGCACAAUGAUGGGGCUCGUUUGCUUGCCCUAAACAGCCUCAAGAAGCUGGCAGUGUUACGGGAGCUGGAGCUGGUGGCCUGUGGGCUGGAACGUAUCCCCCAUGCAAUCUUCAGCCUGGGGGCUCUGCAGGAACUUGACCUUAAGGACAACCACCUUCGGUCUAUCGAGGAGAUCCUCAGCUUCCAGCACUGUCGGAAGCUGGUCACUCUCAGGCUGUGGCACAACCAGAUUGCCUAUGUGCCCGAGCAUGUGAGAAAGCUCCGGAGCCUGGAGCAGCUCUACCUCAGUCACAACAAGCUGGAGACUCUGCCCACCCAGCUGGGCCAGUGCUUUGGCCUCCGCCUGCUGGAUUUAUCCCACAACGGGCUUCGUUCCCUGCCACCUGAGUUGGGCCUUCUCCAGAGCCUCCAGCAUCUAGCCCUCUCCUACAACGCACUCGAGAGUCUGCCCGAUGAAUUGUUCUUCUGCCACAAGCUGCGGACGUUACUCUUGGGCUACAACCACCUAACUCAGCUCUCACCUGACGUGGCUGCCCUCCAGGCCCUCAGCCGUCUGGAGCUCAAGGGUAACAGGUUGGAGACACUGCCAGAAGAACUUGGUGACUGCAAGGGGCUGAAGAAGUCGGGGCUGCUGGUGGAGGACACCCUUUAUGAGGGACUGCCUGCAGAAGUUCGGGAAAAGAUGGAGGAGGAAUGAAGCCUGGUGGGGGAAGGGGCAGGCUGACACAGAGGCCUUUACAUGUUUCUGCCCAACAUUGUAUUCCAAGGGAGAGAGGUCCAGCAGGAGUGGAAGGAAGGCAGGACAUGUCGGUUUUGUGCAGCUCAGACAAGAUCCUGGGACUGGUUUUUCUGGAGGAGAAACAGGAGGCGGUAGAUUUGAGGUGUAACCCCUUAGGGAAGGAUUAACCAGUCUUAGGUUCUUCAACCAAAACCACACCUGUGUCUUUGGCUGGCUGGCUUGCCCUUCCUCUGAACAUUCUGGCUUAAUUAGUUUCCUAUAUGGGAGUGGGAUUUCCAACCUUUCCCAACAAGGAUCAGCAUAUACUUAGGGUUCUCUCCUAAGGAGAGGAUACAGGGUCCAGUUCCAAAGUUCCAUAUCCCAACUUUCAUGCAAGUCCUGAUUUUAUAAGCCCUUUGUGACAGGGAUGGGUACUUAGAACAAUGGCUCUCACAUUUAGCUAUGUAAUAAAAUCAGCUGAGAGGCCCGGAAGAAAACAAAACCCUUACAUGCUUCCCACCCCACCCCUGAAAUUAUACUGACUCAGAAUUUGGAUGGGUAGCUGAGCAUGGUGGCACACGCCUUUAAUUCCAGCACUCAGGAGGCAGAGGCAGGUGGAUUUCUGAGUUCGAGGCCAGCCUGGUCUACAAAGUGAGUUCCAGGACAGCCAGGGCUACACAGAGAAACCCUGUCAAAAAAAAAAAAAAAAAAAAUUGGGUGGGGCCAGGAAUCUGCUACUAAGUAAGAAUGCCAGGUAAUUCUGAUUCAGGUGGUCCUGAGACCACAUAAUGGAAAUAUUGACAUAAAGACUGGGCUGGCACUGAAGCUCAGUUGUGAGAGUGCUUGCUUGACAUGCAGGCAGCCCUGGGUCCCGUCCUCAGCAUUUCAUAAUCUAGGAGUGGUGGAACCUAUGUAAUGUAGAGAUGCCUGUAUAGUACUCUGGAGGUGGAGGGAGGAGGCGUGAAAGGUUGGAGGUAGCCUGGGAGACGGAGCAUAGCUCAUCUCAAAACAACUAAGAAUGGAAUACUGACAUGUCAGCUAUGGAGCCCCUUUUCUCGAGCCGUAGGGAGUCCCAUCAAGUUAAGCAGUGUUUUCUCAGGACAAUGCUCAUGGAACAUAAAGAAGAAACUGUAAGCCGAGUCUCCUGUCACACAUUCCCACCUGAGUCCAGUGCUGGUGAAGGCUACCUUUUUUCCCAGUUCAUUCAGGGAUUUUCUUUUGAAUGUUUCCUGUGCAGGGGAGCAUAUACCACUGGGUGCUUAAUAAACGAGAACGGUAAUUUCCA